AUGCCUCCUCGGAAGAAACCGAAGCUCGCGACUCAGUCCGAAUCCUCGACCACCCCCGGCAAUGAAAGCGCAGCUCAGCCAAACGCGGAUUACGACCCCGUCACGGACCCGUGGACCGAUGAACAAGAGACGGCCCUGUUGAAGGGGAUAAUCAAAUGGAAGCCUGUCGGCAUGCACAAGCAUUUUCGCAUGAUUGCUAUCUCGGAGUUUAUGAAGAGCCAAGGAUAUGCGCCCUCCCACGCGGAACAUACUCGAAUACCCGGGAUCUGGAAGAAGCUCGGGACGCUAUACAAUCUUCCUGCGCUUGAUGAGCGGGAGGACUCGUUGAUUACCGACACAUCCGAUGACGUCGAAAACUCGAAAGAGCUAUACUGUCCAUUCGAUCUCCCCGAGGAUGAAUAUGGUGAAUUGAUGUUUGCAAGGCGACUAGCAGAAGGCUCCGUGUCUCCCGUUAACAGUCCUCACCCUGAAUCCAGACGAGGCAGCACCGUGGCGGAUACAGACGAGCCUCGAUCCUCUCCUGCUCCGUCGCGAGGUAGAAAACCAGGUCGUGGUGGUCGUCCAUCUACGCGUGGCACACGCUCGUCGCGACUCCACGUGGAGGUUGAACCGAGAAGGAAGAGAUCGGGCACUGGUGAGGAGGAGGGAGAUUCUGAAGAAACCGCUGCAAAUGAUGAGGAGGAGGAUGGCACAGACGGGGCGAAGGACGAUAGCGAGGGGGAGGACGAAGGCGACGAAGGCGGAGGCUCUCCCACCACGAGAAGUACGCGUGCCCAAACAUCCCGGUCGAAACAGAAGGGAAGAGGCGCGCCAACGGGACCGAGAAGAGGCUCUCGAAGGCGCUAG